UGUUUCUGUUGUGUUUAGAUGGUGGGGUGGGAAUGAGGGGUUGGGGUAGAUUUGGGUGUUCUUUGUUUCUUUAACUCCUUAUUCUGUGUAAUGCUCUUUGUGCUACAUGGUUGUGUAUGAAAAGUGCUAUAUAAAUAAAGACUGAUUGAUUGAUUGAUUGAUAUUGUUAUAUUACCAAAUGUCAUCAAUAACUAAUAGCUGAUAUUAAAAGUAGGGCCCGACCGAUUUAUCGGCGAGCCAAUUAAAUCGGCCAAUUUUAGUCUGUUUGAGACUAAUCAGUAAUCGGCCAAAACUCGCCGAUUUCCGCCGAUAUUUUCAGAAAUAAAAUGUGGAGAGUAAGAUUUGGUUUCACUUAGAAAAUGUUCCGCCAUUUGAAAAGUCUCCCGACUUAUCGUGUAGAUGGCGCAGCGACCUCAUGACAAUCUUCAUCCACUAACUACCUAACUCAGCUGAAAACGCUGUCGGUCUUCCUGUCGACAUGAAAAGCAGUAGCCUAAAGUAUAUCUACAGUAUAUAUAUUUAUAACUUCAUAAAAUUUUUUUUUUAAAUUGGCCGAUUAAUCGGUAAUCUUUUUUUUUUUCGCCCUAAUAAUCGGUAUCCGCAUUGGCCCCAAAAAAUCCAUAUCGGUGGGGCCCUAAUUAAAAGCCUUUUUCGUUUAUAAACCACAAAAAAAGAUGCUUCUUUAACAGAAUCCUGCCAACCUCACUUUUAACAUUCACUAUGCCAGUUAUGAUUUAUUUAUUUUAUAAAUUUAGAAAGUCAAACUAACCUGCAGUUUUGAUUGAAACAUUAAUAAAAUAAACAAAUAAACAAAAAGACACCAAACAGGUGUAAUGCAGAUAGUAUUGAUCUCAGUUAUUAAGUACACAAUAAGGGGAUCUCUGAGGUUUGUUUUUCUUUUGCGUUGCGUGACACACGUGCACAUUAGUGUCUCUCUUCUUUGUCUCGAUUAGAGCGUGCGGGAGCUGUUUGUGCGCGCGCAUGUUUGGGAGCGCUCCUGCUCAUAUAGAGGCAUGUGGAGACAGAAGGAGAAAGGGACCGGCUAAAGGAGAGGGGAGGUAGAGAGGGAAGCGACGGCGAGAAGGAGUGUGAGGAGGGGAUAAAAAAUAAAUAAAUCAAUAAAAAUCUGAAAAAAAAAGGAUGAGAAAGUGGAGCCACGAGCCCGAAGCCUUCCUCUGAACUUUGAUUCAACCACCAGCAGCAGCAGCAGCAGCAGAGGAAGAAGCUCCAUGAGCGGAAAAACGAAAAACAAAGAGGAUAAAGACCAUGCCGCCAAAGGUGAGUGAGAAUAUCAACUCAUAUGAGAAAGGAGGUGAGAAGAAGAUGUUUGUCUUUUUUCUGCAAAAGCGUUCACUGAGAUCAGAGGAGAUACUUCUUCUCAUUGAAUCCAGGGCAGAUAAACUCCACUUUUUUAUCAUUGGAAAUGCUUUACAUCUAUCUAUUUAUAUAUUAUAUUGUCCUACUUAAUUUCCACAGACCUCUUCCACCUUACAUUUCCCCUUUUUAUAUUGUACCACAGGAAACAUUCAGUGUCGAUCUCUUUAAGCCUCUAAAUUACCCCUCCAAUAGAAGGGUCUCUGUAUCUAAGAUGUCAUUUCAGAUGCUCUCUCUCUCUCUCUGUCACACACACACACUCAUUUAUUUUCUUCCCUCUGGAUAGCAAUAAAAUUGACGCGCUGUACACCGCAAUGGAAACUGGGAAACUAUCAUUGCCAUGGAGACAAAAAAGGGUGUUGCCCGCGAGCUUACAGGCGCUCGUUCAUCAUAAUAUGCAUAAGCCAACCCAUUCAUAAAAGACACAAGUAUGCAGCAUUAAAGGAUUUUAAAUAACAGCACAGAAACGUAACACAUGUUCAUAUUAAAAUUAAAAUGAACCCAAGAUAAUAAACCCAAUUAUGAAAGUGUUGUUAUAGCAGAAACACUGCAAAAAUCAAUGUUAUGUAGUAUUGUCCCGGAGUAAUACAGUAGGAUAGAUAAUAAUCACUGCAGUAGAUGGAAAAAUAAGUAGAAAGUAGGCUAAUAUUAAAAAAUUCAGUAUAUGAAAUGAUAUUAAAAUGAAUCCCUGAUAAUAUACCAAAUUAUUUAAGUAUUGUUAUAGCAGAAACACUGUGAAAAUCAAUGUUAUGUACAAAUGUCCUGGAGUAAUACAGUAGGAUACACAAUACUCACUGUAGUAGAUGGAUAAAUAAGUAGAAAGUAGGUUCACAUUAAAGAAUACUGUAAAUGAAAUGAUAUUAAAAUGAAUCCCUGAUAAUAUGCCUAAUUAUUAAAGUGUUGUUAUAGCAGAAACUCUGUGAAAAUCAAUGUUAUGUACAAGUGUGCUGGAGUAAUACAGUAGGAUAAAUAAUAAUCGUUGUAGUAGAUGGAUAAAGAAGUAGAAUAUAGGCUCUACAAUAAUAUCACCCUACUAAAAUUUUAACACUCAGGUGAUGUGAGUUUGUCUUUCAGUGAUAUCAAGUGUAGGUUUUAGUUCAUGCAGUAAACUGUAAAGCAUUUUUAUGGCCACCACAUCAGUAAAUUGUGUUCUCACUGCGCCUGGAAGUCCCCAGUGAGCUGAGUUAACAAAAACACACUCAAACACAGCAAACACAUACAAAGGCAGCAAUGGCUUACUGUGAGAUUACUGCUGAAGCAGCAAGACAACAAAUGGCAACAAAUUAGAAAGCACCCGGCAAGAUUAGAGAAAGACAAAAUGAUUAAUUUAAACUCUUAACAUCAUCGACAGGAGGGAAACAAAGUGGAUUUAAAAGAUAAACACAUAAUUAUCCUGUUGUUUAUUAGCCCAGCUUUAAAUUUGCUUCCCUCAGCAAUUGCCAAGUUAAGGUCCUUACACACCGAGGCCGACACAAAUACAGAACGCAAAUUAUGAAAUAUUCAGAGGUGAAUUUUGACGGGCCUGACUAUACACAUCAAGUGCGAUGCAAUUUUGCUAGUGGGAAAACUUUUCCCAAGGAAAGUCCCGCCUCCUUUGCCUCUGAUUGGCUACAAAAGCUGGAAAUGUCAUUGCACGCUCAAGCCAAAUGGCCAGCACUUACAGCCAAUCAGAGGUGAUAAGAUAAGCACAUGAAACUAUGGUAACAACCGUUAGCUUACGUUAGCACAGAUGAAAGUUAAAACAAAGAUGUUCAAACUGUUAAAGCAAACAAACCAUCGUCAUAUGAGAAAUCCGACGCUAUGACUCUCCACAAGUUGUCCUUCGGGUCGUUAUCUUUGUAAUGUUUGGUUUUUUUUAAAUCAAAAAGCACUCUGUUCUCAGACAUGUAAACGAACAGCCGGUCCGCCAUGUUGGAUAUACCGGUGAAUCUGACGUCGCAACAACACGCAAUCUGACUGGUCAGAUGUGGACACACAGUAAAAAUCGACCGUGAUCUGAAAAAUAAAUGCCGCAAUAUCGCAGGAAGGGAAAACGUCACUGAUGUGAACUCUUGUAUUGACAGGAUACUGGUUUGAAAAAAGAUAUUGACGUCCGAAAUAAUCGCACAACUGUCCGGUGUAUAAGGACCUUAGGUCUUAAUUUCCCGUAGAACCAAAAAAAUACAACUUUAAGGUAUGCUAACAAUGCAUAAAUCUCACCUGAGCUCCGCCUGUCGAUGAGUUCUUCUUCUUCUUCAAUGGAGUUUAGUGGCUGUUGGCAAACCAACUUGAAGAUGCAUUACCGCCACCUACUGGACUGGAGUGUAGAACAGUAAUUUGGCAGACAAAAAAAAAAAAAAAAGAAAGAAAGAAAGAAAAGAAAAUGAGAUCCUCUCCAUUAGCCCUGUAUCUCUCAAAUAUGCAAUCAACUGCUUGAGCAUAAAUUCUGACUCUGCUCCUAGCAGGUUCCCCAUGUUGAGUGCUAUCCUGGCUCGCUUGUCGAUUAGUUCCUCUUCGUUGUAUAAAAGUUUAAAUUGUGAUAGGCUGUGUCCGAAAUGAAUCACUCAAUCCCUAACCCCCAUAUAGGGUGAUCAAGCUCACUACCUAGUCAGCUAUAUAGUGAAACCCCAUAUGGGGGUUAGGGGUUAGGGAUUGAGUGAUUCAUUUCAGACACAGCCAUAGUCACGUAUAUAGGGGUUAGGGAUCCAUUUCAAGACACAGCCAUCGACUCACUACUGCCCCCCUGCAGCUUGAGACGAAUGUUAUCCGGGUUUUUCCAUCAAUGGCCACAGGAGCCUCAUAAACAUUUCGACGCUUAAAACUCACAGUUUGACAGUUUACACCUAGGUGAGUAAACAGCGAAUGUGUUUCCAAACUUAGCUCGGUCAUAAGUCUGAAAGUUAAGGGUUAACUGGCUGGUUUGUUCUUAGGCCAAGCUAACUGUCGUAAACUUUUAAGAGCGGAAGCUGUCUCGAUAUUUACUUCUGGGUUUAUCCUCAAGCCAUCGCAGAAAAACUGUGUGUCCUGGAAAUUAUAAUUAACUAAACGUAAUAUUAACUUAAGAAUAAAAAUUUGAGCUGUAGAUAAAGUAAAAUUCAGACACAUCCGGACCAAAGGCUGGACUUGGCUGCCAUGGUAACGUGCCAGCAGGAUGUGCCAUGUUUACUGACAGGUGGCAGAAUAGCAACCUCCAGGUAACUUUAACUUAUAAAACUCACUCAAAGCCUGCAACAACCUCACUGUAAGCAACAAAACCAGCACAGAGAAUCAGAAUAGAUUAUUUAAAACAUGACAAAUGCACUUAAAGGGCCAGAACUGAGACCACAGUUGGUUGUAAUGGAUCACAAUUACAACAGACCCAUAAUUCAAAGUAUACUGGGGACAUCGGUAACUUAUACAUAAUUUUAGGAUGUAGUUUUCAGCAUUCACAACAAAUUGGGGGAAAAAAAAGGCAAUUUAUUGAAGUGCAGUUAAGUUUGACCUCAUAACCAAAACAGAUCAGCUACAUAUUAUGGAGCAAGAGUUUACAGUGGUAUGUAAGUGAUUUUGAGUUAAAAGAGCAUCACUUAUAAUAAAAUAGACUGUAUUCAUUUUAAAAGCAAUAAGAAAACGUUUAGGCAGUUAGGAGAAACACAAAGUUAUAGAGUCACCCUCCUCCCAAACCUUCCAAAGUAAUUGUAAGUAGAUAUGACGAAUUAGUUGGAUUAAACUGAUUAAUUGCACCAGUGACAAAAGGAGAUACUGUGAGUUUUUUUAUAAAUCACAGCGAUAGUAAUGUCGCAUGUCUUUUGUACAUUCUGAUGAAUAUAUGUCCUGCAAUGGCUCAUUCUCACUUAGUUGGACAAGCAUUUAGGGUUAUGUGUCAACUGUAAAGUCCUGCAUACAUUAAUUGCAGCUAUUAGGAUUAAGUUUAUGUAGAACAAAACCUCAUUAACAUCUUGCUCUUAAAGAGAUUAGGCUUGAAGAUGAGGAUAACUGUUGUCGCCUUUUAUGUAUGUGUGUCUGAAUGUGGGAAAGGAGAUGAGAGGAUUCAAUUAACUCUGAUUGUGACACAGAAAAAUGGCAGCAGGGGUCCCCACUGCACAUCUGUUGUUACACAGUCAGCGUGAUAGUUCAGCUCUUCCAUGUGUUUGAUUGCUUGUUUUCAAGUCAUGGAAGAAAAAUAUUGUCGGGUUUGUGGCGCACUACUUACAGACGAAACAACCCACCAUCCAAGAGUUUUUAGCGGUGCCGUGAUUGAAUAUUUCAACAAAACUGAAACUAUCAGAUUAAACCCAUUAGACUGGAAUAAUUCUCAUCUUCUACGCAGCACACAACCACUACCUGACUUUUACUCUGGCGCCACCUUGUGGUCAUCAAAUAUAGGAAAAUAUUCAGCAAAUUUUGGAACAAUUAACAUGCUCCAUAAUUAUUCCCACUUAGAAAAAAAGCUGUGCUAACCACAAGACAAGUCUUUGAAUAUGAUAAGGGUCAGUGACAAAUUAGGGUUUGCAUCAUGAGUAAUUCAAAAAUGUUCUAAUAAAUUGUUUUAAAAGUUUGCAUUAGGUUUGCAAAGAUGUAUAUUUUGUAUUUCUGUUAGUUUCAUAUAAUUGAAAUAGCAUUUAAACCUUUUUUACAAAAUGAAUGAUGGAUUUCCCUCGAAAAUGUCAAGAGGUGUAACCACAACAAAAGGGGAAAUAUUUAAUACUUAUUUCCACCUAUAGUGUGUGCAAGUGUACAUAUAAAAAAGUUAUUUAGUCAUAAUAUAUCUAUAUAUUUUGUUAGGAUUUUCUGUUUUAAAUUGGAUGCAUUUUUGCAAUAUAUAGCAGGAGAAAUGCUGAAAACUUUGGCCAAAAUUUUUUUUCCUUUUUUGAACAAGUUGAAAUAUUUGGUACUGUGUUUUUAUGGUUACACCACAUUGACAUUUUCCCCAUUAUUCCCCAAAUAUUCUCUCAAAAUGGAUAAAAUCCAGAAAAACAAAAAACAAAAACUGUGUCACGUCAUUGACCCAAAAACAAAAUACCUGUUUAAAAUCAGCAUAAGCUCAGAAUUGAGUUAAAACUCUGCUCUUAAAAUGAAACUCUACACACACUAUUUUGUCUUAAUUGUGAGUCAGUGUUAAAUUUAAGGGAUGAAAUAGAAGUUUAACCACAAAAAAAAUAACCAGGUGAGCAGUUUUGUUUUCAAAGGUCUAUUGUAAUGAAAAGCUAAAUUCCAAAUUUUAUUACCAACACUUAAAUUGAGGUAUUUUUGUUUUUAAUUCCAUUACGCAGGGCUUUCAAAAAAUUUAAAUUACUGCAAGUUAAAUAUUGAUUAAUUUAAUUUAUAAUCAUUUAUUACGCGAUUAAUGUUAAAACAGAUUUUAAAGUAAAAUAUAAAUAGACUAUUACCAUAAAAUGAUCAUCAUAAUACUCCAGUUGAAACAAGAUAGCGUGACCAUGUCUUUGAGACAUGCAUACUAUGUCUGAAGCUGUCUUAAGAUGUGGAUGUCUAAAGACAAAGCAAAUGUGUCUUAAGAUGUCUUCAAGACACAAAAAUAUGACAGGGUGAAUCCUAUUUUCUGCUCUGGGAUGUCUAAAGACAUGGGUGACGUCUUCAAACUUUUGUCUUAAGAUGUCUUAAGACGUCUUGAGACACUUUGAUGGCUGAGUAUGAACAUAAAAAACAUAUAAUUCUUCAUACUUUCUGAGAACAUUUACACUUUUAGUUUUCUAUCUUUGGGUAAAAUGUCUUUACAGGGUCUUUUAGGGUUUGAGUUUGAGUGGAAUAGUCACUACAAGUGUGUUGAACCAGAGUUCUGGUGGUGAGUAGCAGUAUUAGGAAGGAAGUCUGUCCUGAAAUGAGACUCCAGUGAAUCUGGACAGAGUCAAAAAUAUGACAAGGACAUGACAGAGAUUUCACAGAGACAAAAUGUUUCCUCUGUAGUCAGCCAUAAAGUCUCUUAAAAUGUUUAAAUGUUUGUCUUUGGGCGAUUAUAUCUAAAUAUAACUACAGUUUACUUGUCUAUUUUGAGAUAUGAUUAUUGUUAAAAGCAGUAGUUGACAAAGAAGAGAAAUGUUGUCCCCUUUAAUGAGAUGUCCAGAUUAUUAUGGGUUGGAGGUUAUUAGGAGGUUAUUGAGAUUGUAACAUUGACUAUUGGAAGGGAAGAUUAAAUGAACACCUUGGCUCUCAUUGCCAACAUACACUCACCUUUCCCUUAAUGUAUCUGUUAUUUGAUUAUUUGGUACCCUCUAGUGGUUGACAACCAGAAUUACUGCUGGUGAAUGACAGCUGAUGAUCUCUAAAAUACUCCAAUGAUUGGUUGCUGGCUGCCUGCCCGGGCUAUUGGCCUAGGAACCUUUGCCAAAACGCACCUGCUGCCAUCUUUGUGGUCUGCUAUUUCAAGCCAAAGCUACAAAGCUAUUUCAGGAGGAGUGUGUUUGUUCAGAGCUGAACAGUCCAGCUGAAACAAAAGAGAAAUAAAAGGUAGAAGUAGAAGGAAGGAGAAACACAGGCUCACACCGACCCAGACCAAUACUUCCAUCUGCUUUAUCAGAUACAGUCAUUUCCUGAUCAGAGGGAACUGUAAUACAGUGGUCAUGACAACCACAUGGACAGAAACUACAAUAACACUGUCUCUCUGCUCAUAGAUAUUUGUAAAGCUAAUUCCUAUCAGAGAUAAUUGAGAUUAAUCUGUUGCCAGCGCCACUUCUCAAACAGCUGAAUGUGCAUUUUCUGCAGCAGCAGCAGAGGCAUCAUCAUCAUCCUGCUUCUCUGCCUUCUGCAGCUUUUACAGCCUCCUGCCCUGCAGUAUAAAGACUCUCUGUAAUCUGUAAUAAUGUCUGUAUCAUCUCUGGACGCGGCUGUGUUUGAGUUGGCUGCUUCACAGGAAGCACAACAGUGUAAUGGGCUGAUAAUAGAUGGUUACGUGAGGCUGUGUAGAGACUGUGUGUAAUCCUGGACCGACAGCUUGUGUCUGAUGUGGUUACUGUCUAAAGUGUGUAGUGUAUUUGAUCAUUGAUGAUAGCCUAUAGAGCUUUAGAUGGAUGUAGUUUAGAACCAUUAAGGCUGUGUUUUUAUAUGUCUGUGUGCAUGGAGUGUGAGUUUAUUUAAAACUACCUCCUUAUUUUUAAUAUUGGAAACUACUAACUAUAGUUUUUGGUAUAUCAAAGACACUGCAGAGACCUCCUGGUUGUUAUGAUAGGGUUAGGUCUCUGUCAAACACUCAAAAAUGAUGCACUUUGUGUCAAACAGAAUCUAAAUAUCCCUAAAAUACCUCCAAGUUUUAGCUACUCUUUACUCUACACAACUUAAUUGAAAUGUGUUUCACAUUUUGUGCAUGCACUCAUGUAUAUUUCUAAAUACCUUAGAGAGUUAUCCUUCAAAGAAAACAAAACAAAACACUAUGUUUUGCAGAAUAAGCAUUCAUGGUUUCAGACCACACUGUUUAAGCAAAGCAGCAUUUGAAUAAAUCUAGAAGCUAAGACCAUAAACACUUGAUUGCUUUCAUGUCAAGUCCUAAAUCAUGACAUUCAUGAGAGAAUAGCCUUAAAUUGUAAAUAUGGACUUCAAAUGUGAUUAAUCAGUGAUUGAACUUUGGACAUCCUGUGAAUAGUUACCAUUAAAAUCAAAGUUUGGAAGCUCUAUUUCAAAGUUGAGACUUCAGACUUCAAGCUUGCCCUUCUUUGACAGUUUCAGACUGUUUUGAUUGUCAUUUUAAAUUCAUAUGAAUUUACAAUAAGGUACCGCUUUAAUGGUACAGGUCUGAAAAGAGUGAUUGAUGAAUUAACAACAAAUUAGUCAAUCAGCAGGAAUAAGAUCAGAAAAAGAAAUUAACCCUUCAGUUUUGUAUUAAACUGAUGUUUCUUCUUUAAUAUUAUUUAGAGCUGAAGUUGGAUGAAGUCGUAGUAUUUGAGUGUGGAGAGUACAGUUCCAACCAUGUAUAUGUAUUUAAUGAUGACAAUAAUCCUUAUUUUAGCUUUCACCUUCAUUCCACCACCUUAUCUGAGUGAAAUUUAAUGAGCAGUUAUUAUAUAUUAUAGAAUAUUGAGUGGAUGUAUUGAUGAUCAAACUUUCCUAAACAACAAUAUCUGACUUUGCUUCUAUUUUAAGGCUCUUGGUCUCACAGAAACAUUGACAGUGGAUUAGAUUCGAUCACUGGGGGAGUCCCUGGCCUUUUAGAAAUGUGUUUGUUGGUCAUUUGUGAACUUAUUUCAGGUCAGGUGAAAUGUGGAGGUCGGUGUAAACUGUGAGCAUGAAGUUUGAAAAAGAAGUCUGGCAGCUCUAUUUCAAAGUUGAGACUUCGGGCUUCGAGCUUGCCCUUUUUUGACUGUCUCAGACUGUUUGAUUGUUAUUUUAUGAGAGUGAAUAAUGAUGUAGCAAGAAUUAGUCAAUCAGCAGGAAUAAAAUCAGAACCUCAUAUAAAAGAAAUUAAUCCUUCAAUCUUUAUUUGAUGCUCUAAAGCUGUGUUGAACAAACUGCUGUUUCUUUUUGAAUAUUAUGUAGAGCUGAAGUUGGUUAAAGUAGUGUUUGAGUGUGGACAGUACAGUUACAAUCAUGUUAAAUGUAUUUAAUGAUAAUAAUAAUCCUUAUUUUAGCUAAGUGGAUUGAGUGGAUCUAUUGAUGAUUAAACUGAACAACAAUAUUUGACUUUGCUUCUAUUUUAAGGCUCUUGGUCUUACAGAAACAGAUCCGGUCCUGCACUAGGGGAGUCCCUGGCCGUUUAGUAUUGUGUUCGUUGUUGUUUUAUCUUCAUUGGUGAACUUAUCUCAGGUCAGGUGAAAUGUGGAGGUCAGUGUAAACUGUGAGCACGUGUCUGCCCCCUCACAGCUAAUCUUCCUUGGGACACACUGACAGUUCUGUUUCUACAAAUACAUGUAUAAACACGCUGCCUCCCGGAUGGCUCCUUGGAUUUGGCCGGCCGGCCGGCUUGCUGGCUCCCUCCCUCUCUUAUUGUGCCAGAUCAGCGGGGCCUUGAGAUGAAUCAUUAAUGACCGCUUUCCAAAGCCUUAAUGGCCUCUAAUGUUCUGUAACGAUCUCUCGUCAACGCCAUGUGCGCUGCCUUAAUGGAUCCGGUACCGUGGAGAAUUGUCUGCUUUGAACUUCGGUAAUUCCUCCCCUUUUCGUCGGGCAGCGUACAACAGGAAGUGCGAAAAAAAAGUCAGGAGUACACAGCUAUAGGAGCUCCACAGACGCAGCAUGACUUUCCCUCUCCGCAGAUCCACCUCAGGUAGGACCCGAGAGGAAUGAGUCAAGAUUCAUAUUUAAUCCAGGGUUUAGUAAUCCUGCUAAAUCAAAGUCUUUUAACUUAGUUGUGUGGCUAAAAGCUCAUCCCUGUGCAUGACAGACUGACUUUAAGGUCAACAGGCGGUCUUGAAUUCUCCAGUUUGGACCUUUCUUUAUCGUGGUCUGUGUGCUUUUGAGGUUCUUUAUACAGUAGGAUACAUUUCAGACUAAAAAGAUGUAAAAUUGUCAUAUUUUCAUUUGUUUUAAAAGUAUGUUCAGACUCUACAAAGUCAGAAAAAGUUGAGUGUUUUUGAAAGGAUGCAAACUUGAAGCGCUGUCCGUGGUGCUGAAUACAGCGACGGGCGCGCCCUGCAUGCUGCAGAGAGAGGCUGCUCCACUCCAGCUGCUGAACUUCUAACCUGUCUGUUUUUAAAACUUUUAUUCGCACUCAGUCAUAAAUGAUUAGUCUUUUAUUUUGCAUUUAAAAAUAGUGUCACAACCUGUAUGGCUUUGAGUAAUUUAUCUUUAACCCUUCUGCAGUAUUGGUGACAAAAACGUCCAGGGUCAGUUUUUCCCUUAAUUUGACCAUAACUUUCACUGUAUUUUGGCAAAUAGCAUGAUUUUCACUGACAAACAUUAUUUUUGCAGAUAAUUUGAAAACAGGAUUUCAAAUUUUUCAAAAGAUGACACUGUUGGCAAAUUUACUACCUUUUAGCAGUAUUAGUGGCUGUUUUCGGCCACUAACUUUGACCGCUUAUAUCAGAUAAAUUUUUUUUUUUUCAAAUUUUUUGCAUAAAUCUUUUAAUCAACCUCAAUCUUGAUCAAAACUAGUAAAUAUUUUUUUUAAAAAUCCAAAAUUUUAACCCUUUGAAUGCCAAUUAAAAAAUAAAGUCACUGAUGCGGGAAAAACUACACACAAAAUCACAAAAUGAGCUAUUUUCAAUAUAAAAAGUAAUUGGACAAAGAGAAUUUUUUCAUGUUAUCACAGUCUUGGACAUGUCUUAGAUUAGUAACAUCAAUGACUUUUAUGCAUAUUUAGUUUUCGUGCAGCGACAGAUUUUCAAAAAAACUUCCUUUUAUGGUAUUAGUGGCUGUUUUUGCACCAUUGACUCCCACUAUAACCACGUUUUGAAUGCAGAGACAUGGCACUAUAUAAAUAUAAUUUUUACAGUCAGGGUGAUCAACCGUAUUCAGAAGGGAUCAAAUUAGGUAAUUUUACUGUUGAUCACCUGGUUCUCCCAUUUAUCCAUUACAUAGGCCUGUUGUAUUACUAGCCUAGUUUCUGUAUCUGUAUCAUGGAAUUUAGUAUUUAGUAGUUUUGAUCAGGACUGAAGCUGCUUAACAGAUUUAUGCAAAAAAAGUAGAAAGAAAUAUUGAUCUGAAAACAGCCACAAAUACCGCUAAAGGAAGUUUUUUAUUAACGCUGUAUGAGGGUUAAAGUGUUUCAAGGACUAAUGGGAUCUAGAGAUUUUCAUAAACCAAAUCUUUGGAUCUUUGCAGAACUUAAAAAAGGGGGGAACUCUUUGGGAACCUAGUAAAUAAUUGAAUAUGCUCAACACAAGUUAACACCAGUGCCUUCAGAGACCUUGUAUCAAAAGUCCCAAAGCUCCCUGCACUCUCUGACUAAUCCUUUCAAAGCAAAGCUCCAUGUCAGCCUGCGGGGCGAGCUCUCACAUCCUCUCUGCACCCAAAAUAAGAUUAACUGAUUUGUCUUUUAAGUGUUUAGUGCGACCAAGAUGUCCCAAAAAUUGUGCGUCAAUUUCACGUUUUUUGAGAUGUAUCACUGUGUACCCUGCUGAUGUUCAUGGUCAGUAUCUACUGCGGUUUUGCUGCAAGUGUGAAACUCUGUUAUGAAUAAAGCUGCAUGACUCUACUCCAGCUGGCACUUAUGGUCAGACUGAUACACACAAACACAAACACACACACACUUAUACAGAGGGCUCUCUGUGGUAAAUGUACUAUAGUAUUCACUAUCAGGAUCGACUCUCUUCUUCCACCGCUAUCACGCUCAAAUGCCACUGCCUGUGGGGGGCGCUGAGAUCUGAAACCAAACCUGAGACAAGUUUUCAACCACUAAAAAAAUAGCAUCUGAUUCCUGAUACUGUGGCUUAGGGCCGCACAGUUUUCGCCAAAAAUAAAAUCCUGAUUUUUUUCUCUGAAAACUCGAUUUUAGAUUUUGAUUUUUAAUUGACAACUUCACCAAAAGUUUUUCUAUCAUCUCUCAAAAUGAAACCACUGAAAACGAUGUAGUGAUUAUGCCAAGCCAGUAAGUAUGCAUAAGUAAGCAUGCAUAUAAAGGUUGUUUUGGCUGGACACACGCAGGCGUUACGCUAUGUGCGACAUAAUCGUUUCGAGAGAUGCAGAUAGACAUUCACACGGAGAUGAAAUGGUACUCGUUUACAUAUCUAUACACUUUCUGACCCGUUUUCAAAAAGUUAGGGUGACCAUAUUCUGACUUCCCAAAAAGGGGACACGACUCCACGGGGGCGGAGUCACAGGGUCCCACGAAUUUAAUUUUGAGAGUUUAUGGGGUCGGAUCAAGUGUCUUUUACGCGCUUUAACUUAGUAAGUCCAUGUGGCACAAAAUCGAAACUUGUGUACAAAACCGCGGACAUUUGAAGGAUUUUAUAAACUUCCCCUGACAUAGCUGAACAGCCACCAAGAAAAGAGGACAUGUCCGGGUAAAAAAGACGUAUGGUCACCCUAAAAAGUACCUUUUAUAGUCACGAAACGCCAUUUCUGUGUGGAUGAAACGCCAAUACGACGACGGGUUGAUACCGUCUUCAGACAGACUCUUCAGCAGGGAGUGGUUUGCUCUUCAUCUGAAACUGUGAAGCCGUACCAAUUCAACAAGACUGACUUGCUCUUGCUCUAUUUAGCCACAAAAUUAUCACCUUUUUUUGCGACGCCAUGUUUGUUUACACUGGUGUGUGUGGGAACUGGGGAGCGCUCCCGCAAUAAGGGGUAGCCUACGGUGGCCUGUAGGCACGAGAUAUAAUAGGGAGGAAAAUUGAUUUGAGGAUUUUCGUCAAAAUUCGUCAAAGUCAAAUAAUCUGAUUAUGAUUUAAAAUUGGUCAAUCGUGCAGCCCUACUGUGACUUUUGUUGUUUUUAUUGAUAUCACACAUUUGUUCCCGUUAAGUCAUAUUUAUGAGAUUUUAAAUGGCUACUGUCCGUUUUAAAAAAGGGAUUACAGUAUUAGAGGAGUUGUUUUGGAGUCACCAAAGUAACAAACCUUUCCUCUGUGCUUCUGCUUAUUAUUGAUUUAUUUAUUGAUUCAUUCAUUUACUCAUUUUCUUUUUGGGUCUUUCAAUCCAUUCACUUGUUGAUUUGCUUGUUUUCUGCAACACUGAGUUUCUUAUUGAUUGUUGAUUUAUAGUAUGUGCACUUUCAUAAGAUUCAGUUUUCCCCACUCUGACGUUUUCUGUCCUCAUUUUUGUGUUUUGGUGCUUUUAGGGACGUGUGGUUCGGCUUUAAAAGCGAGGGUGUCAUAAAUGAAAGAUGAAGGACAGGACCGAGCUUUCAGUCAUUUUUUUUAUCCCCAUGCUUUUACACAUGUUUGCUCUCAUAUUUCGAUGUUCAGAUGGCAUCAUGGAUUAGUUAUGAAAUCCUCCGUGGCAUGAAGUGUUCCUGUGAAUUCACAGUCUGUGGGUUGAGCCGCGCAGUCACACCUUUACUAUAUUUGUCGGUAUAUUUACACAGGGCUUACCUAUCCAGAAGGCUGUGGGUGUCACUCCAGGUCCUUCAUGCCAAGGUCUUCUCUCUCCUCACUGACCAGGUCCUGACCCCGGCUUCUCUCCACAGUCCAUCACUUUCCCCUCCACCUUCUGUCUUAUUUCCACAGCACACUAAGUUCACCUCCGCUUCAGUCCUCUAAUUUACUGCUCCACACAUCCUCCUCCUCCUCUUCUCCUUCACCAUCGAUUUUCACUCUCUUUUCCGCUGUGGAGCAGCACAUGGCAGCUGUGCCUGCUGUUGGGCGCCUGGCGCUCACAGGUCGACCUCUGCUGUGAGUCUUAGUCCACCUCCUCUUCGUCUUCCCUGUUUGGAGUUGCAGUUGCCAUGCGCCAUUGCAGCUGUGUCUCUCACUGACAGCUGUGCAUGUGCUCCCCCUGUUGACAUGCAUGACUAUGUGUGUGUGUGUGUGUGUGUCUAAGUGCAAAAGAACAUCGAGGAACCGCCACGACUCAUACAUGCUGAAGUGCCGCUCCGUUUUUCACCUCCUCCUCCUCCUCCUCCUCUCGCGCUGCAGCCUGUCAGCAGGAGUGAACCUCUGCACCAAAAUAAGACGAGAGCCCCUCCUCCCUCUCUUCCUCCAAUUUCUCUCCCUCUCUUCACACACACUCACAUCUCCUCCUCACUUCAUUCUUCUCUCCUGAUUUCACAUUUUGUCCUUUUUUUAUUUCCCCCUCCAUAAAUCCUGUCAUAAAUCCUUAUUUCUUCUUCACUCUUCCUCUCAUACACAACCUUUUUUUUCUUUUUAUCUCAUUUACCUCUCUUUCCCUUUUCUUCUUCCCUCCUUCAUUCAUCACUCACUUUUGCCAAUCCAUUUGUAGGUUGUAUAUUCUCUCUCUCUCUCUCUCUCUCUCUCUCCUCACACACACACACACACACACACACACACACACACACACAGAGGCACACUCAAUAUCUCAUUUUCUCCCCCCCAUCCCAUCCACCUCCCCCUCUUUCCAUUAUUCCUCCUCUCAUUCAUUCUGGCCUCCUCCUCUUACAUUUUCACUCUUUAUUUCUCUCUCUUCUCCUCCUAUAUCACCCCCCACCUCUCUCUCUCUCGCUCUCUCUCUCUCUCUCUCUCUCCAUCUGUCAAUCUCCCAUCACUUUUGUCUGACAUGUAAAUAUCAUGCCACGUGGGGCUCAGGGUUACAGGUGCCCUCUGAGGAAGAACCAGCAGGUUCACCCCCUAACACCCAAAAUUUUACCCACAAACACACAAAACACAUCCACUUAUAUAUAUACACACACACACACACACACACACACCCUCUCUCUCUCCUCCUCCUCCUCCUCUUCCUCCUCCUUCCUCGGGGCGGGCAGGGAGGGCUGCAGCAGUUUUAUGAACGGCACGGCUGCAUCAUGAUCCCUCUCCUCCCUCUGAACCGGCCCCGAGCUGUUUCAUUGACAAACAAUCCGGUUGCUGCAUUUGUGUCACGGAGCGCAUCGAGCGGCGGAGCGGCACCGUGGGGAGCGGUGCAGAGCGGCAGCGGCAGCGGCAGCAGCAGCAGCAGCAGCUGCAUUGAGGAGCAGCAACAACAAGCCCCGGUGUCGUUCAGAGCAGCGUCUCUAAGCUGUUGAUUCGCCGCUUGGACCCGGGACUAGAUCCUUCCGCAGCCCGCUCUUCUCUCCCGGGACAGCCUGAAGAAUCACCUGAGGGGGGGAAGCAGACAGCUUUUGCCACUCAGACCUCUUUGAGGAGGGGGGGACAUGAGGCGGCGCCGUUAGGGCUCACACUCUGGCACAUCAGCGGAUUUGUUUAACGACUUCCAUGAAGCGCCUGGACGCACCGAUCAUGGAGAAUUCUGGACGCUUUUUACAUUCACGGAUACCUACGAGACUGCAGACUGUGUGAUGCGAACUGAGCCGUGGGUGGCGUAGACCCCCACCCCGUUACCCCUUUGCGCCUUAACCGCGAACCCUCUCCCCUCCAACCGGGACGCACAGCCUUGUUUCGCUCCACCGGGGGAACAUGUCUCGGGCAGCGGCGAUCGCCAGCUCCCUGAUCCGCCAGAAGCGGCAGGCGAGGGAGCGCGAGAAGGCAAACGCGUGCCGCGGCGGCGGCAGCCCGAGCAACAGCAAAGGCACCAACGAGAAGCCGAGCAAGCUGAACGUGUUCUCGCGCGUCAAAUUGUUUGGAUCGAGGAAAAAACGGAAGAGAAGGCGACCACCAGGUCUGAGAGUGGAGGGAGAGCGUCUGCAACCCAAACCUCAACCAUCUUCACCACCACCACCAUCACCUCUGCCACCAGCAGCACCAUCACCUCCAUCACCUCCACCAACCAACACCAUUUUCUCUCAUCACUCUCUCAGCCUGUGCUCCCCUCCAUCACUCCAUCACUCCAUCACCCUCUCCUGUUGCAUGACUCCAAACAUCACAUGUAGAGAACUUUAGAGAGGCCUGCAGCACACAGACAGUCUUGGCGCAUCUGUAGUUGAUGGAGAUCUCAGAAUAUCAAGAUCCUCAUUCAGUCAGACCAGAGCUCCCAUCAUGCUGCACCUGUCAGUUAUUGUGCACCACAGUGUAGCCUAGUACAGGGUCAGGGACCGGUUCUGGGCCCAGUACAGGCCCUGUGACUGAAACACAAACAGCUUAUCCUCUUCCGAUACUUCCGGCUUCUUGCAGAGACCGCUGGAUUUAGUUCAUGAGAGAUCACAUGACUGUUUAAAGAGAUGAAUACAGUCAAUGUUUCUUUUCUGCUCUCCUUCUCCUCCUCUCAGAGCCCCAGUUGAAGGGCAUUGUGACCAGGCUCUCCAGUCGACAGGGCUUUCAGCUGCAGAUGCAGCCUGACGGCACCAUCGAUGGAACCAAGGAUGAAGACAGCACGUACGGUGAGUCCAUCUCUGACCGAACAGAGGCCUCAUAAGAGCUGGCAUUUCUGCAGAUUCUGGUCUUUUGCUGAAACUGAAGGUGAUAAACCAUCUUCUCACUUUAAAGACUUAUUGAUAGAUUUUUAUUGCCUAAUAAAAUCAUCAGAAAAUGUGACACAAGGUUACCCAGAGGUCUAGAUAACAUCCCGUGUUUGUUGUUCCAUUUAAAGAUUUUGUAUUUUUCACCUUAACAUGAAAAGAAGAGCCCAGAUUUGGCGUAUUUUGGAAAAAGGAAGCAGCAAAAUAUCAUGAGUGCAUCUAGAUCCUCUUUCUCUACAUCUGUAAAAUCUUCUUCAAAAAGCUGAAUCUACUCAGACUGCAAAGAAGAGAGGGGGAUAUUGCAAUGUUGGGAACAAAAGUAUAUACAGAUUUAAAAAUGCAUGCAAAGUGUUUUCUUUGUACAGGAAAUGAAUUAGAAAUGAGAGAAAUUCAAGAAGACAAACAUCCAGCUGCACAGUAGGGACAGAAACAAAUCUUCCAGUUUCACCUCAAGCUACAGCAGAUCGUCGCCACAUAUGGAAGGCUCCGUAUCAAGCCGAGUGUAAUUUACUUCAAUUCCCAUUUGGCCACUUACCAGAUAUCAUCCAAAACCAAUUCAAAUCCAAUUACGUGAUAAACUUCACCUUGCGGACAUCUGUCUGAUGUGGGCUUUAACUCAGACGUUCAGUCGACAACGCGUCAAGUGUUCAUUUAAUUAGUAAAACGGGUGCAAGCUUUCCUCCAAAGGUCAGAUAGCAAUCUAUCUGUGUUAAAUGUUCCCUUGUUAAAGGAAUCAAUAGAAGAUCCACAGGAUGCUCAAUGAAACCUUCAAAUCAGUGACCUCUUGAAAGAUACGAGGUUGUGCUAAUCCAAUGGAAACUCUUCCUCCCCCUGUUGUAUUUCAUUCUCCCUCUCUUACUCACAAACACACACAGGCUAGGAUUUAAGAUUGAUACUGCUAAUUCACUUUUGCUGUCGGGGUUCAGACGGCAAUCACUCUCCUCCUCCUCGUGCACAGUUGGUGUUUCCAGCAUCGUUCAUUAAUCUCUGCCACUUCUCGGGCCACCAACUGUCGCCGCUCGGAAAGAGAAAACAGCGGAAACAAAAGCAGUGUGCUCUUUAAUUAGAUAAUUACAUGGUGUAAACAACAUGUUAACGCCCACACCGCCAUAAAAACAAGUCGACCAUAACUGGAUUUGAAUGGAUAAUCCAUGUAAUCCAACUAUCAAUAAAAACCACAGCCAUCAUAAAAUCAUGGUUGGCUAAAUAAAUAUAAUUAAACAAGGCAGUGAGUCAUCAAACUGUCAAGAUUCAUUACGUGGCUGUCACAGAGCUUUCACUGGGAAACACAUAAAUCUCUUCUUCUCUGGCGCUGGCUGAUAGCUGACCUCUGGGUGAAGUAAAAAGCAGAAAAAUACGAUCAAUAGAUUCAUCAAUGUUGUGAUGUUUAUGUCCUGCAGCUUUGAAUGCAGAGUGGAUCCUUUAUUUGUUCAUUACAUUCCUGGAAAAACCUUCAAAUUAAUCAAUGAGGUUUUCAAACCCUUGGGCUGUAGUCUGAUCACAUGUAAAUAUCCGAGCACACCUCUCCUGUGUGAUGGUUAUUUCUAUACAUUAGCUGACUAUACCGACCACAGCUAAUGGUCAGGGUGUCGAAAGGCGUCUCAUUUCCAUUAAUUCACAUUUAUGGAGUCUGUUUGUAAUCGAUGGCAAUCACACACAGAGCUGAAACCACCAACCUUGUGAUCGUUGUGUGGUCUAGUUGUGUGCAAGUUUACCUCGAUACAGCCUACGUACAACUAUAUCUCAACUUUGUGGGUUGGAAUACUGCGAGAUGCCAUCUGUCACCCAUGUUUGUUUACAUUCAGGUAGUAGAGUGUUUCAGUGCCAUAGCAGAAGCUGUUAACCUGAACUACAGCCUUGAACCGCACUUUGGAUCGAGACUAUGACGAGUGUUUCAGUCCUGCAGUGAUAAAGCUGAUUAUUUAUUACCAUUUAGAGAGCUGCAGCGGUAACAGUAUCUGGUGCUUACUUGCAAGGACGUCGAUAUUCAAUUCAAUUGAUUUAAAGGGAUAUUCCAGCGUAAAUUUAAGUUAGGGUCAAACACACUGUAACCCGAGUUAGACACCUCCUUAAGAGAUGAAUGUUGCCGACCGCUUGCUUUUCUAGUUAUACCAACUUCAGUAACGACCGCAUGAUAGCAAAACACAGCGGUCUACGUCUCCACGCACAAACCUCAACCAAAACGCCACUGUAUAGUCACAAAUAAUGCUCAGAACAGCACCUAACUUCAUCAGUAGUACAUAUAGGGUCCUAGCCAUAGUAUUAGCCAUCAAACAUCUGUUUCUUUAGCAAAGAGACGAAUCACAACUCACCCACUCUCCUCCAGCAGCUUCUUGUUUGUGGGGGAGCCCUGACAACUUGAUCACCGAGUGCAGCGGAGUUUCGCAGCUCAAGGAAGAACAUUUAUGAUUAUUUCUUAAUGGAAAUGCGACCAGACUGAGACGCUAAGGCAGAAGAAAUACGUCGUCUGCAGUGUACAUACCAAGAUACACAAGAACUCUGAUUGCAUUUUCAUGAAGUAAUAAUAAUAUUUUUUCCGCUUCACUCGUUGAUCGACUCAUCAGGGCUCAUCAGAAACCAGCCAAAGCUAAACAGAUGUUUGGUGGCUAGAAUUAUGGCUGGGACCCUAUAUUUACUGUUGAUGAAGUUAGGUGCAUUAUUUGUGGUUAUAGAGUGACGUUUUGGUUCAGGUUUUCACAUGGAGACGUAGACCGCUGUGUAUUGCUAUUGUGCGGUCAUUACUGAAGUUGGUAUAACUCGAGAAGCAAGCGGUCGGCAACAUUCAUCUGGGGGGUGUCUAACUCGGUGUUAUGGUGUGUCUGACUAUCACUUAAAUUUACACAGGAAAAUCCCUAAAAUGCACGCAUCCCUGGAUGAUAGCAGCAGGAGUUUUAAGUUUGAGUAGAUUUUGGCGGCCCUUGAGAAAAAGCUCUCGCUCUUGCUUUCUUACUGAUUUUGUCGUGGCGGUCGAUUGUGUCGGUCUUUGCCUUGGAAAAUUUAAAACAGAAGACUGUUUCUGCAGCAAGCUGUUUAUCACUCCAUCUAACACCUACCCCACGUCAGUGGUUUAAAAAUAACUCUAAAGAAAUAGUACAUUUUGAUACUGAUGGUCCUGUUUGCUCUCGUAAGUCAUGUAGGGGCCAUCAAUAUUAAUUUCCGUCUGUUUCAUAACCAGCUAAACGACUCCUCACAGGAACUUUAAGCUCGUCACACUGACAGUUUUGCAGCAUGUUACCCAAGCCCGCUCAUGCAGGAUUUGUCAACACUUCUUUGUCUACAAACAGAAACCAGAAGGCCUGAAAAACCAGCAUUUUGUCUCUUGUUUACAGAUUCAGCCUCAUAUGCAGAAAUGUGUUUACAAAGCUUUUAUUCUUUGUAAUCUAAGAGCUCUAAACCUGAACAGUUGAACACGAUUUAACUAGCUUAUGUCCCUGAACCAAACUGUAAAAUUAUAAAUAGCUCUUGUUAAAGCACCUUAUAUAUUACAGAGUCAAUAAGCCCAUAAAAUGUCGCCCCUAUACUAUCAACCAUUCCUAAUGUCUACCCUAAAGCCAAAGCACUGAACCCUCAUGGAGUUUAAUGGUGUCAGGAAUGGAGAGAGCAUGAGAGAGCUUGAGGUGGUGUAAAAAUGAGGAAUGGGACACACUGUCAUGACACCAUAUGUUACCUGGAAACAAGAUUUGUUAUUGUAUAGACCAGAUAAAUGUCAAUUUCAAGCAUGUAUGGCGUCCUACAGUUACUCUCCAAGCAAAUCAAUGAAUUCAUGUUAAUCAAUUUCAUCUGAAAACUUAUAAAUGAACUUAUUUCAUGCUUGCUUUGUGGGAUUUUUUUUUAACAUCAUACAAUACUGCUUCAAUGUGCAAACAUUAAUAAUAGUAGUAAUAUAGCAUUUGGACGAGCCCAAUCACAUACAUGCUUGCCUUAAAGUCUGGGAGUUUAAGAUUGGACUUUUAUAUUUAAACGCAGGAUGAAUUUGUUUAAUAAUUCACUCAAUAAAUCAAUCUAUAUCAAAACAGCAUCAAAUCAUUACUAGAACGUCACGGAUCAGAACUAAUUGAACAAUUUGUUUUCAGAGACCCGGCCGACUGGUUCCUUCUCUAGUUAUACCAACUUUAAGUAAGAUAGCAAUACAUAGUGGUCUACGUCUCCAUGUGCAAACCUCAACCAAAAAGCCGCUCUAUAGCCACAAAUAAUGCUCAGAACAGCACCUAACUUCAUCAACAGCACAUAUAGGGUCCCAGCCAUAGUACUAACCACCAAACAUCUGUUUAGCUUUGCCUCGUUUCUUUAGCAAAGAGACUAAACACAACAUCACCGAGUGCAGUGGAGUUUCGCAGCUCCAGUAAGAAUAUUUAUGAUCAUUACUUCAUCAUUUCCUUGAAGUAACAAUCAUCAUAACAAUCAUUUUGCACUGUUUAAGAAUAGCUUCAAACUCACCCUCUGUGGUUCUUCUCUUGAUGCUCAUCCUUUCCCUCUCUUUCCCUCGCUCUUGGACGUGCCUGUUGACAAUUCUUAUCCAUUUAAUCCAGCACAUAACAGCGGUCCAUACAUCACUGGUGUAAUUCUGUAGCCUUAGUGCAUGACUGACCUUGUAAUGUGUCUUCUCUGAGGCAAAAUGGAGGUGUCAACAAACCAGAUGCUGCAUUGAUAUUGAUGAGGAAUCCUCUCUUUGCCUUCACUGCCUAUUUAUUUGCUAAGUGUGUAUUUGUGUGUAUUUGUAGCUGUGUUCAACCUGAUCCCAGUGGGCCUUCGUGUGGUGGCCAUCCAGGGCGUCCAGACCAAACUAUACCUGGCGAUGAACAACGAAGGCUUUCUCUACACCUCUGUAAGUCAUUCAUGCACAGUCAGUGCGUUUACAUGCACAGUUUAAUCAGACUAAGCUAAUGAUUUGUUUUUUGUACCGAAUCGCACUUCUCUCCUUGUCUGUGUACAUAAAGCUGAGAAAAUUAAAUUAUUGAUGCGAACCUGCCCUCCUCCCCAAAACUAGGGGGUUAUAUGGGUCUUUUCAGCUGCGUUGUUUCCGACCCCAUCCAACCCUCAACAACAACAGCAGGUCAGACGUGUCUACAACUGCUGCUGGGCAUUUUCAAGCAAGAAGAUGGAGCAUCGUACAGCGGUCGUACAUGAUGUACGCACUACUUUUUCUGCAGAUGAGAUGCACACUACUCCUCUUCUCUGCUGUUAGAGAUAUGUCAGAUCAUACUCCAACUACGCUGGUUACAUGGUAGAGAAAAUCGAAUUCCAAUCGCAUUAUCUGGGUGUCUUAAUCGGAGUUCUUAAACUCUGAUUAUAGUCGGACUAAGGUGUUUACAUGCACUUCAGUUGUCCAGUCUUAAUCAGAAUGAGGCAAUAAUUCGGUUUUCUUGAGUGUCAUGUAAACGUACUGACUAACACACACACCUUCAAACACUAUAAACCCAAACCUCAUCUUUGGAUCAGGUUGAGUAAUGAAUGACAUCUCUCAGUGCGACCACUUUCAUUAUGGUCCUAUCAUCACAUCAAUACUUAAACGACAGAGCGGCCUCGUGAGUCAGCUGUAAUAAUCCUGUGUCUGAGCCUUCCUUAUCUGUACACCGAUGCUGUGGCCUCACAGGAUUGAUUUCAGAUCAUCCCCCAGCAGCCUCCUCUUUGUUUAUCUCCCUGCACUCGCUCUUUGAUAGAAAGAUUACUUUGUGUCCAUUUACAAACAGCCCCUUGAAAUUUGUCUUCAUGGUUUUUCUCUGGCUCGGAUUUACACAUACAUCCCCGCUGUGCAUAUAUCUUCUCAGGCAGGUCAGAAGGCGGUGUUGGCUGCAGUGCAUUGCAUUAAGUGCUCCGCUUUAGCUCUCAAGCGGUUGGAGGUGGGUGGUGUAGAAGCAAUAACAAAAAAGAAUCAACAAAAAUAACUCUCGGAGCAAUCUAAACAAGCCUGUGAGGCGAAGAGAUGAAAACUAACAAAGGGGAAAUAGAAAAAUGACACACGGCUUUGCUGCUGCUGCAGACACGUAAACAACCACAAUAUCUGUACAUGGUUGGAUUAUCUCCCCUUCAGUCACAACAGUUAUAUUACUUUGUUUUUCAUCUUCACUCCUGAUAUUAAAUGACACUCACACACACAGACACACAGACUGUAUCAAUCACACUCCCAGAACUUCGUUAAAAUGCAGACCAGACUAAUGGAUGAUAGAGAAAAGGAGUACGUCUUCUGUAUCUUUCCGUUUCUCUCCGGCACCAUCCUUCUCUCAGUGGGCUGGUUGGUAUUCAAGGGAGUAGCCGGUUGCCAUGGCGAUGCAGGAAUAAGGAAAUGCAAAUGUCAGCUGUCCUAAGUUGGUGCAGUUUGUUCAGUGAGACUACAGCCUGGGCGAGAUAUGAUUCAAAGAGAUGGAUGGAUAAAGGGAGGGCAGGAGAGAGUCGUAAUUAAAAACUUUCUAAUCGGGUCCAUGUGACAAACUCAAAACGGUUUUUCUCUGAACAUAACACCCCCACCUCUCCAUCAGGGCUAAAUCACCUUCUUGUCAUCUUUUUGUAAAGGGAGAUCUGAAGUGUAGCUACCUUGAGAGAGCUCUUCACUUCUAGUUGAGGUUUUUCUUCGCCACUGUAACUUGCUAAAUACUGCAAAGUACUUUAUGGAUUAAGACAAGAUUAAAUCUGAUCUUGUUUGUCUUUAAGUAACAUCUGUUCUGCUUGAAACUCUGUUAAAAAAAAUGGUUGAUUGAUUAAUUGAUUGGUUGGUUGAUCCCUCUUAGGAACACUUUACCCCGGAGUGUAAGUUCAAGGAGUCAGUGUUUGAGAACUACUACGUCACCUACUCCUCCAUGCUGUACCGGCAGCAGGCCUCAGGUCGGGCUUGGUACCUCGGACUCAACAAAGAGGGCGGGAUCAUGAAGGGGAACCACGUCAAGAAGAACAAGGCGGCAGCACACUUCAUACCCAAACCGCUCAAAGGUAAGAGAACUGCACUGAAGUACCGAGGGGUACGACAACUCACAGUGAACAGACUAAAAUCUGACUUUACGAAGGUAGUUCUCAAGCUUAGUUACUGAAUUUUUUAUUCAAGCCAACAAAAAUAGGAUAAAUAAAUAAACAACUUUGAGAGAAGAUAAACACAAGUAGAUAUACAAGGUAGCAGAACUAAAAAAAUCACAAGUUAAAAGGUAGAAUAAAGUGUUACCAGGAAGUCUAUAAGCCCGAGAAGAAAACAAUUUACAAACCACCUGUAGUUUUCAUACACUGUAAUUAGGACUGGGCAAUUUGGCAAAAAGAAAAAAAAAGAGAUCAUGAUACAUUUUGUGAUAUUGUCUGAUCUCCGAUUAUUAUCACAUUUUUUUUUUUUUUACCGAAAGUUUUAAAGCAUCUUUAUUUAAAACUAAAGAAACUAAAGAUUAGUUCAACAUUUUAUUAACAUACAAACAAAGAAAAUUGAAUAAGAUAAACUCAAAAAUAUGAAAACCAUUUUAACUCAACAGUACAACAAAUGUAGAUAAAUAUUUAUUAAUACAGUUAACUAGUUUACAGUCUUAAGUGUUUUUGCAGGUAUUAAAGACCUAAAAUAAACAAAUCGCCCCCUCAGGGAUAAUGAAAAUGCCUUAAAAUGCCAACAUUAGAUAAUGUAAAUGUAGACCGUUUGAAAAUCGGUUUAAAAUUAAUCAAUCUAUGGUUAAUUAAAUGUUACAUGCACCGUAGACUGUAAUGUUAUGAGUGGGCGAGCGUCCUGAAGCAAAAUGGCCGCCAUGCGCGGACGUCGGUCUCCAUUGGCUAACAGCGUGCGUGAGUCAUCAAGCGUUUAUUUGUAUAUAUCUAUGGCUGCACCGCUAGUUGUAGCUAAACUGCUAAUGCUACUUUUGCCGUCAGGCUGUUCAGACUCCGCUCGUAUUUUCAUUCGCUCGGUAAGUAUUUCUUUAUAUGGUUAAACAGAAUUGGUUGUGUUUCCGGUUUUUGAGGCACCAACCGCCGACGUACCUUACACAUUGGCUUCAUUACUCGACGUCACUUUGGAGAUACCGGAACCACCGACACACAACCGACGUUGAGAGUACUUUUCUUCUCGACAAUGGCAUCUUUGGAGGAUGACUCAAAUCUGUUUUGCUGCCCUCGGCUCCGCGUUUAGCUCCACUUUCGAUCAGUCUGUUUACUUCCUGUCUUCUCUUUAUCUUCUUCUUCGUGUUUAACGGCAGUUGGCAUUGUUUACUUCCUGUUUACGUCUCCGGUAACUUAUAGAAGUGAGCAGGAAAAGCUCGACUCUGAUUGGCUGUUGUGACGCACAUUUCCGCCAUAUUUGAUCGAGUAAAUAUGCUCACAGCCGAUCACCGUGAUCGAACAGAAAUUUAUCCCGAUCAUAUAAUCGAACAGUCCUUAUCUGUAAUCAACCUCAUUCAAAUACUCGAGUAAAAUCCAUCUGAGUUCAGACAGUUUGAAGCUUUUAGUCCAGACCUGCAGAUUUCAGUUCAGAGAAUGGACUUUGUAGUGAAGGAGAGCAGAUGUCUGGAAUUUGUAUGCAGUCUGACGAUCUGUAGUCUGUUAAAAAGAUAAUAAAUAAUAGACAUAAAAAUUUGAUGUGAUAAAAAAAAACUCAGUGAGAUCAAAAUUUCAUGAUGACUGUGGCAGUGCCCAGAAUAAAUUUGAAGACAAAAGCUAAAAGUUUAAUUCUUCUCCGGUUUCAUGAUGAUGCAACACUGUAGGGCUCACAGUGGAAGAGAAGCUGAUUAAAAUGGAUGAAAAAGAAAAAAAGACCACCAUAAAGGAGACCGACUAUUUCUACCUGCUGAUUUUUGAGCGGCAGGUGCCAGAUCAGAUGAUUGACAGCGGGUUGUCUUUACAUUUUCAACAGCUCAUAUAUUUACGACAAGCGACACAUUUGACUGUUAAAAAAACAAGAGAUUUUUUUUAAAUCAGAAAUAUCUACUUAGUCGUGGACAGGACAAGAUCAGAGUAACUAUUGGAUGUACAUUUUUGUCCAUUGGGGGAUGCCAUACUGAUAGAAGUUGUUGUCGCUACCUGAUCUGUCCCAGAAUUACACAGAAUAUUAAUUUUUCACCCUAGUUGCGAUAUUGACAUGUAGUUACUGUCAGACUGGUUUGUGCUCAAGUCCUCUUUUUUCUGAACAGCUCCAUUUUCAAAAGUUAUUAGGGGGUUCAUGUUUUCUAUGAUUGACACUUUAUACAGCCUAUGGGGGUACGAAGAUUGCAUAGCUCACCUGGGGGAUACGCUGUUUGAGCCGAGUGUCAUCACAGCGACUCUUGGCGACUCUCCUGUUGGAUGCGUACAACGCUACUGUGCAAUGUUGGUUUCAGGAAAUGGAAAAGAAACGCAGAAUUACCGAGAGCUUUUCGGCUUCAACUCCAUAUACUGCCGGAAGGCGAAACCAAGUUGUCCAUCGUAGAUGCAGUCUUUGGUCGCAAACCGCUAGGGGCAAAUGAUUGCUGUGCUGUUGCAAAGAUGGCUAGUAGAGGAAGUGAUGUACGUUUCGCACAUGCGCAGUACAAAUCGGGUAGGGACAGUUGUUACUGGACACUUUAACUCAAAAGUUCAGAGAUUAAAGAGCGUUAUCCUUAAAGCAGCAGGUCAAACAUGUCUGUCUAUCUUCAUUCUUUGAGGUGCUUUAAGUAUUUUUGAGAUUUUAUACAGCCCCGCACUGGAGAAACUGUGAUUCAUCGUCCGCCAUACGUGUAAUCUGACUCUGGUGUGCGAAUCCAGCUGAGCUCUGCCCACCUCAAACUGUUGAGGAAAAACUGCACCAAAAACAGACCUACAAAAACUGUACAGAUUUCUAGUAAAUAGAGUUUUCAUGUAUGAUCCCAAAAGUAGACUGAAUGUAUCUUUGAAAGAAUCUUUUAGUCGUUUUUUUUUACAUCUUCAUCGCAGCAAACAUCUUCAUUUAUUCUGAUAAAUCUGAAACCCUGAUCUGUUACAUCAGGACUCUGUGGGUGAGCUUGGAUCCGAUUUGACUGACAGUGUCAUCUCCCUCAUAAAACACAUCACUGUCAUCACACUUUGACUUCGCCUCUGAAUGAGAAACAGCUCUCUCCUGAGCGAAGGAACUGAAAUCAUGACUUAAAGUCUUUAUGUAAGAGCGCUGCGCUGAGUAAAGCUGUUAAAGCUCCGAGAGCUGCGAAGGAUGUCACAGCCUCAGAUGCUUUGUUUGUGCCCGAGAGGUGUAAAUUUCACUCGUUAUGAAUCAUGAGACAACUUCACUCUUGUUCUUGAAUUUAACAUGCUGACCUUUUUCAUAUUUCUGAAAGACAGAGCGAUUAUCACGAGUUUGAGUGCGUAUUACUCAAAAAAAAAGGACUAUUAGCUGCUAAGAAUCUCAGGAAAUUAUUUAAAAUGUCCUUCGUGGUUGAACAUCUUGCAGCCCUUCAACCACCUACACACCGUUCUCUGAUUAUGUGAUUGUAUUCAAGAGAGACCUGAGUUGUAUAUCAGUAUAUGAGAGCGCAGAGAAAGGAUUGAUGAGGAAAAAGAAGAAGAGUAAAGUUUGGCUUUGUUUGAUAUUUUUACUUGAACAUGAGCACUUAGACGCUUCAGGCUGUGAAAAGGCUCUAAAAGGCUCUCCCCCUAAGGAGCACACAAGCACAGUAAGAGACUAGCUGGUGAACACAGUGUAGCAUUUAGCAUCUAAACAGCCUUAUAUUCCCCUUAGGAGACGGCCGGCUCACGAACAAAGCCUAAGGAGAGUAAUUAUUGGACUUGGAUUCAUCAGAUGGACACAAACACGACUGCAAAUGAAUUCUAAUGAAGGCUGCAGGUUGUGUGAAUAGACAACAGUCUUUAAAGUGUUGUGUGUACGAGUUUGAGGGGAAAUGGGAUUCAUGAGUUCACCUUAAUUCUUGUUAAACAUCUAAAAAAAAGAACUGCAGUGCUUGUGUACCCCUAAAAUGAGCUUUCUGAACCACCGGGUCCUCGUCUACUUUGUAUGCUUUGUUGCACUGCUAUGUUUCUGCUGUAACCCAGAAUAGACAAACCAAGCGCAGACUCCAGAGAGGACCUGUCAUGUUGGCUGCGAGUCUCAGACGUAGCUGGGUAUUUGCGAAAACGAAUAUAUUUUUAUGCAGUCUGUACGGUGGCCCUGAGGUCCAAAACACAACGGCAAAUCAGAAAACACAGCAACAAAAGAGAAAACACAAUGGUAAUUGUUUAUGGUUAAUGGUUAAUUUGCUGUUGUGUUUUGCUCUUCAGGGUCACCGUCAUUUUGGCCUGCGGCCCACACGAAACACCAGGAUAACAUUAUUAUAAACGGUGCUUUUCCAGUUUUGCGUUUGUCUGUGGACAUAGAUAACUAGAGUUUUAAAUUCCUAAACGUCAUCGUCCGCGACAGCUAAUAAAAAAACUUCAUUUUCUAUGCACCCUUCUUUAUAUCAGGUAGUGGACCUCACAGAUAUAUACAGAAUAUAUAUUUUUGUGAGAAGCAAAGGAGAAGGAGUGCUUCGCAGUCGGUUAUUCUACACCAAAUAACCCUUCCUCCAUCUUUCUUGUGUCUUGUUGAAUUUAGACUCUUAAAGCUGCUGUAAGUAACUUUUGUUUUGCAUCAACUUUGGCGCCCCCUGUCAUCAAAGUAGGUUUUCUUUUCUUCCACAUAGAUUGUUUUUUAGUAAAAUCUCAUUCUGCUGACUUUGUAACUGUCAAAUGUAUCAUUCAUUGUAAAUAUUUCAUGAUGUUUCAGGCAUUACCGCAUUUUCCGGACUACAAGUCACACUUUUUUUCAUAGUUUGGCUGGGUUUGCGACUCAUACUCAAGUGUGACUUAUGUAUAUGUGUUAAAAUAUAUAAUUUCACGUUUUUUUUUUUUACACUGACAGCCACUAGAGGGCACUCUAGUUGUUCAGAAGUGACACAGAGGAUGAAGAAUUAGGUGGAUUUAGUGAUUUGGAGUAAGAUCGAGAGUUUUUUAAACUUGUUUUGUUAUGUUCUUUAUACUAUAGUUAUCUGAGUAACUGUUAAUACGUCACGUUAACAUACCAGACACCUAUUGAGCUCGUUGUUUGUGCUGCAUGUAGCUGAAUAACCAUCAACAUGCUAUGCUAGCAUACCGUACACCUAUCCAGCCUGUUGUUCUCUAGUCUAUUGUUAAUAAUAUAACUUGCCUUUCAAGAUCAAAUGUCUGUUCUUGGUUUAUUUGUAGAAUAAAUUUUCCCCCCAAAAUGUGACUUAUACCGGUAUAUGUUUUUUCUUCUUCAUUAUGCAUUUUUUUUGGCUAGUGCGACUUUUACUCCGGAGCGUUUUAUAGUCCGUAAAAUACGGUAAUAUCAUGAGAUAUAAAGCAUUAAUAUUGUUGCUGAUUGUCUUGUUGUCUAAAUGAAUUUCAGUGUAUUGCGCAAAAAUGAAGAAACUACUCAUAGUAGCUUUAAAAGCAAUUCCACCUCUUUGAACAAACUAUGCGGCGCUAUGUUUCAUGUUUGGGGAAGUGACGACGAAAAAGGGAAGCUCGCUCUGAUUGGAUAGAAGGGGUGUAACGGUGGACAAUAGCACAUUUAUGCAGUUUUGUGUGGAUGGAAUAGUAUUUGAAAAUGAUGACUUGUGUACGUGACUUUUUUUAAACAGAGGGGUUGGAUAUUCAUUUAUAAAAAAUACCCGGCUUUAGAGUCACUGUAGUUUCUCAUUUCGGAGUUUGAUGCAAUCUGCAGCGUCUCUAACAAGAUCCCACAAAAAUCCAACGCACUGCUGCUUUUACAACAUGAUGAGGGUGGGUGUUACUUUACAGGCUGCUUCCACUGACUACAAAAAGAAAAACAAACAGGUGUUACAAGUCUGAGGAGAAAAGCAAGAAUCUGGUGCUUUUUCUAAAAUAAUAUUUGAUUGUUGUUUUAGAUUAUGCAAAUGACUGUAAAUAACAAAACCUUUGGAUCAACACAGUCAUUCAUUACCAUAAUGUUCGGUGUUAAAGAGACUGAAUCAGACUGUUUACAAAGAGCAAACCUUGAAGUCAUUUACAUAAAAGUGGAACAAAAUAGUAAAGACUUUAUUUGUUCAGUUCUUUUCAAGCAAAAAGUGUUUUUCAUAUCCAGCAGAGAUAAUAUCAGACUGUAUACACCAUCAAAUAUAAACAGACAAGGUCCCAGAGCAGCAAAUGUUCCAUUUCUUCUCUUCAGCUGGACUCUGAAACAGCCAGUAGGUCUAAAUCAGCAGAUGUAAGAGAUCUUUUUGGACGGCGAGGGGUUAAAAGUUCGCUUAUACACUCUGGCUCCUGCAUGUGAAGCCUUGUGAGUCAUAAAUAAGACUUUCAAAUGGGAUCUAAAAUUAACGGGUAACCAGUGCAGGGAGGCUAAAGCCGGGGUGAUGAUGUGAGACAAGUAUUUGGUCUGAAUGAAGAGGUCUGUGGCUCUCAGACAGGGGGCGCUAUCAGGGGUAAUCUGAUUGGAUCUCAGGAUAUUAGUUUGAAGUGUUCCCACCGCAUGUUUUGUCUAGUUUCUGUUUUUUUGAGAGAAGAAAACGACUGAAUAAAAAGUGCUAAAGAAGAAAAAGAAAUGAGCUAUUGUAAAUUAAAUCAAGUUUUUAAAACAGGUUGUUCACACAAAUCCAAUUCUGGUUUAUACUCUGAUAAAAUACCCAGUUUAUGUUGUUUUAAAGCCGAUAUGUGGAGUUUUUAACUGUGAAACGGACUGAAAUUGAUACCAGAAGGAACAGCCAGCAGCAAGACGGAUCGUAAUGUUCAGUGCCUGAAGCGACUGCCAAAGGGUUUGAGUCAGACCGGAUGAUUGACAGCACGCUGAGCAGCGUUUCUUUACAUUUACAACAUAAAUAUUUACGGCCAGUAACACUUUUCCCUGUGAAAAGACAGAAAGAGAUUUGCUGCCAGAAGAGGCGACCUUGGCACGUGCAGGACUCUAACUCCUCACUGUCAGUUGUACUCUUGGGUUGUCUGCCCAUCUCUAGUGACCUUAAGGCUUAUAUAGAAGUACUACUUCACUUUUAAAGGGAUAUUCUGGCGUUAAAUUGGAAUUUCCCCCCGUAGGACUUCUAAAGGAACAUCUUAUCUUAAGUUAUGGUCAAACACCGUAACACCGAGUUAGACACCCCCUUGAGAGAUGAAUGUUGCCGACCGCUUGCUUCUUUAGUUAUACCAACUUCAGCAACGACCGCACAAUAGCAAUACACAGCGGUCCAUGUCUCCACGUGCAAACCCCAACCAAAACGCCACUCUAUAGCCACAAAUGAUGCUCAGAACAGCACCUAACUUCAUCAACACCAGUAUCAGAACAACACCGCGGAUGCUGGGAGAGGACUGCCAAUGAUGUCCGUCUCUCCCAAACUUCAGUUUGUGCUCCUGUUAUAUAGGGUUUAGAGUUUUAGGUCCUCCUACAUCUUCUCUUUAUCUCUAAGUUCUCUUUCUUCACCAUCUGAUUUACACCUAGCUUUGAAGUGUGACCUGCAAAACCCCCAACAGCUAGAUUGUCUGGACUAGGUACCAUAAAAGAGACACAAUGCCCAAAUUCCAUACUCCGGUUAUCUCAGGCUAUCCGUGGGAACUGACCCAAGGCAGUGCAUGUUGGUACUGUACUCCAGAUACCACAACAUCUUUUUAUCUUUGCAAAGAGACUAAACACAACUCACCCACUCUCCUCCAGCAGCCACUUGUUUGUGGGGAAGCCCUGACGAGUCCAUGAUACAGUGCAGCGGAGUUUCGCAGCUCAAGGAAGAACAUUUAGGAUCAUUGCUUCCACACCUGAGGCAAUUUGAAAGUGGCCAAUUAACCUAACCCCACUUCUGUAUGUGUUUGGGAUGCGGGAGGAAACCAGAGUACCCUGAGUAAACCCACGCAGACGCAGGGAGAACAUGCAAACUCCACACAGAAACGCCCUGACUCAGAUUCAAACCCAGGACCUUCUUGCUGUGAGGCGACAGUGCUAACCACUACCGGUUCUCGAUUCCCAUCCCUAAUCAUGACCUUUCAAAGUCUGUAUCUAGACGUAGUUUGUCCUUUUUUUCGCUUGUUUUUGACCAGCCAAGACAAAAGUGUAGAUUAUCAGGUCCUGGAAUGCAAAGUAGAUCUUUAUAAUCUAGAUUACACUUUUUAAGAUCCACACCAGAAAACUAAAUCUUGAAUCACUUUAUCUUUAUUUCCUCAAGAGAGCACUGGUCUGAUUUUGAAGAUAUUCCUUCACCGUUAGAUACAUGCAUGCACUUUGCACUCAUUAACAAUUGAACUGAUAUUUAAGAUAAUGAUUUGUGUCUUGUUUGUUUGUCUGUGUGUGUUUGUGUGUGUGUAGUGGCCAUGUACAGGGAGCCGUCCCUCCACGACCUGACAGAACUCUCAAGAUCGGGCAGCGGCACGCCAACCAAGAGCCGCAGCGCGUCGGCUCUGCUCAACGGAGGAGGGAAAUCGCCCAGCACCAAUGACUUAUCCUAGCCCCCCCACCCCUCACAAACUCACACGCACACUCACACAUACACCUACACGCACACAAACCCACACAAACACACACACACUCACAGAUCUCAGGCCGACAUGCCCACACAUCAGGCUGGUGAGAGAAGAAGGAGGAGGAGGAGGAGGAGGAGGAGGAAGCAAGGACAGGAAUGUGUUCUUCCACUUCACGGAGCCCACUGUGACUGACUGUGAUGUAAAUAAAUUUAAGGACAAUCAAUCGAUCCGGCUCUGCUGCUCUGGUCUGCAGAGGGACGGGACCUGUAGAUCUUUUCCCUUGACUCCUCUUCCUGCUGUAUUAUAGCCAGAGAGAACAAGGGAGUGAGGGCUUCAAAAUUAGAGUGAUAGAUAGAUUAGAGUCAGUCAGUCACAUAGUGCGAUAAACAGACUGUUACCGAGAACCAAAGAGUACAAGUAUUAACUAAAGUUACUGCUGUGAAAAGGCACCAGAUAGGCGAGAGAUAGAGACGGUGACAAAGGGAGUACUCUACCGUACGCUAUGUUUACACAGAGCUCAUGGGGUUAAGUCAUAUUUUUAAAAAUGACGAACGUAUUCCUUGUACACUUAUAAGGAUUGAUCAUUUGUUUGCAUGCAGGUGCGCCUGUGUGAGAGCGCGUGUGUGUUGUGUGUGCGUGGGCAAACGAGAGCGAGUGAGUGCGCACGCAUGUGUCCGGGGGGGGGUGGGUGGGAUUUUACCUUUUUAAGAUCUGUUGUAUAUCAGACAAACCUCCUGAGGGCUUUAGCAGGUUAAAAUAAGGUUUACUGUAUAUGCUUCCAUGCUUACUUCUUACAAGCAAUGCCGUUGUUUCUCUUUCCGUUCGUUGUUGUCGUCCUCUUGCUGUUUGUUUGUUUGUUUGUUUGUUUGUUUGUUUGUUUGUUUGUUGUUGCAUGGAAGCUUGUGGACCUCUGCUCAGUAGCAGCAUGCCGAAAAAGGUCCUUUUUUUCUGGUCUUUUCCGUGUUCCUGACCUAAAGAGAUCACUAGUGAGCCAACAGUGUCGUACCAGAACACUAGUGAACCACUGUGAGGGCGCGGGAACACUGCUGGACCAAUAGUAUCGCACCAGAACACGAGUGGACCAAUGUUGUCGGACCAGAACCAGUUUAACCAAUGCGAGCACAGAUUAUCUUAAUAUUUUGGUUCCUGCUGUGGACAAACUAGAAAUGCACUAAAUAAACUCUUUCUAAAGAAGUUCAGACUGUCUGGUCUUCUUUCGCUCCCUUCGCUCUGUAGUUUUUUUUAGUUUUUGUUAAAAAGCUUUUGAGUCUUGUCUACAUUAUUUAGGAUCAACUGUUUAGAUCAUAACUGUUGCUGCUCUUAUUCUGUUUACACUUUUAAUUCUGCCAAAUAAAAGAUAUUGUCACAUUCA